CUGUACUCCUUUUGAAUGUUAAUGUUUUCUGAAGAUUGUUUCAGACAGGCUGUUAGGUUGCUGUUACUCACUGAAGCAGCAGCGAGCGAGGAGUUGCUGAGGCAGAAUUAGCAUCAUGGCAUGGGUCAAGAGGAAAGAGAGGAUAUGUCAGCUAAUUACUGCCUAACACAAUCAGGAUUUGUGCGUGUGUGCUUUGGAGACCAAGACAUCCUCGGGUUCUAAGCUUUUUGUCAAUCCAGUUCCACAGCUUGGGCUGUUUGCCUAGUUUUCUUUAUGCCUUGGAAGACUAGCAACGGAGAAUGGGGACAAAACUACCUGUAACUGCUGCCGUAGAAUGUGGGCUAAGUUUUCUCUCGACUGGACGGAGGUACUUCUAUGACAAAAGCUGAACUCCCCAAUUGCCUCUUUCAGCUUAUGUGUAUAACUUGAUGUGAAACAAAGGCUCCCUGGAAACGUUUCAGGUAGUGAAGGACCUGCAAAUGAUUCUUACCAUGCCCUGAUAAUGAAAAGAAGAAGAUUGUGGAAUUCCUUUGUUUCUCUUUGCUGGAGAAUGGAUGGCGAGCCCUUCACCUCUGCUUUCUUCUCUUCUGGGAACAUUCCCGCAGAAACCGGCAUCACCCUGGAACAGAAAACAACCUUUGUCUUCGUUGUUUUAUUAUUCAUAUUCCUCGGCAUCCUCAUUGUCCGGUGUUUCCGAAUUCUCCUUGACCCCUAUAGGAGCAUGCCAACCUCUACCUGGGCAGAUGGACUCAACGGACUAGAGAAAGGACAAUUUGAUUAUGCCCUGGCUUAAAAAACAAGGAUGCAAAAACUGUAUCGAUAAGUCUCUGUCACGUGGAACACGUUUCUCGCACGGGCGAAAAUAUUAGGGCGUUGUUGUUUUUAGACAGCUGUAAGGCGGGUGUGGGGAAUCUUUGGCCCUCCAGAUGUUGGUGGACAACUUGGUCAAUGGUUAUGCUUGCUGGAGCUGUAGUUCAUCAACAUCUGGAGGGUCAAAAUUUCCCCACAGCUGCUGAUGGGAAACCAACAAUUUCCUCCAAGAAGAAAAGAUGGAACUUUUUCGUAUGCAAAAUUCAGCUUUGGGUAUACAAUGCACACAAUAUCUUUUAGCUCAGACAAUACUUUGAUUUGCAGCUGCCUUAUUUCUAAAAGGAGACAUCUCUUCCCUCUCUCUCCCCCUCACCUACCUCCAAACCUUUAAUGAGCAUAUCCAUAUUUAAAAGCAAGCAUGUGAUUUUUGUGGCUUGUGUGUGGAAAUUAGGUAAAUGUUUUUCGAGCACAGUCAAAAAUGUAUUUCCACUCCACUUUUCCCUCUUACCAGAAAGGUAAAAGUUUCUCAGCAACCUUAAUUAAAGAUUGAUAGCUUCAA